UGUACCUCUUCUUCUUCACUCAUGCGAAAAAGUCAAUCCCUUUUUAUCUCUUUCUUCCCUCUCCUCAUAUUUUCAAGUUUGGAAUCUUUUGGACUCAUUACUUUAACUUCGAGACAGGAUCGGAACCAACGCAACAUAACUGAACAAUAAUGGAAAAGUGUGGAAGCCCUUCUUCUAAACUUAGGAAAAGCAAGGCAAAAAUAAGCAUAAAUACUGGACGAUUGGUUGUGUUGGGUGGAGCCCUGGCUGUUACUAGUUUGAUUGCUGCUGCUGCCGCUGCCGCCUUUGCUGUCAGGAGAAGGAGAAGAGAUAAGGACUUCUUGUGCAAAAAAGAAGUCAAAGACCUGAGUUUUAUCCUUCAAAAUCCGUCCUCCACUUUCCAUCAGAAUACAUGCUUGACAGAUGGAUCUACAGGGAUGCUUGCAGAAGAAACCCAGAUUGAUUCUAUUGAAAUGUUCUCCAUUGAGAGUGUGAUUUUGGAGGAGAACUCCGCAUCUGUGAUCAAUGGGGAAAUUGAGAAUUUUGAUGGCGAUGAUCAAAAGAAUCCAAAACAAGAAAUGAUUAUUGCAUCAUGUGAUAAUUGUUGUGCCGUCGAAGAACUUGCCUUGCCAGUACUUGACAGCAAGUCGAUGAGUGAAGCAGAGGACAAGAUCAAAAAUGAUUCUGAAGAGAACUCGUCAUGGUUGGAAAGAAUUGAAAUUAACAGACAGGAAGAGGAAGUAGAUACUGAAAGGGUUAUGGAAGAAGAGACUAAAUCAGUGAGUUUGAUUGAAGAAGAAAAGGUAGAACAAAAAAGAGUAGAAGGAGAAAAGGAAGAAGAUGAGGGACACAACAAUGAAGAAUAUGAUACGGAGGAAGAGUCAGCUUGCGCUGAAAAUUCAACUGCUGAGACAACUGUAGCAAUGCAUUUGGUUGAAGGUGAGGAGGAGGAGGAGGAUAGCGAUAGCGGUGAGGAAUAUGUCAUGGAGGAACGCUAUGAGAAUUCAGAAGGAACAGGAAGCACUUGCGCUGAAACCAAUGCAGAGGCAGUUGGGGCAGCGGAGUCAAUUGAGGUAUCGUCACAGAAACUCAAGAACGCCACGAUAAACAUGGAAAAUUCAGGAAAGAUGGUUAUGGAGGAAGAUGGAAUUACCACCAAAACUGAAGAGUUCGGGGACUCAAUAGAGGCACUGCCACUGGCAGUAAAGAACACCUCUGUAAACUUCCAAAGUUCGGAAUCAAAAGAGAAGAUUGUGGAGGAAGAUAGAGGCAACAAAACCCAAGAGUUUGGUGAUUUCAACGAAGCCAAAAGCAAUAUCCUCAACGAUGACACAAAUAAUCAUGAGACCAGCAAAAAUCCAAAGUCCUUGAAGAAGAAAGAAAUGCCAGAACUCGUUGAGGUGGAUAAUCAAACUACAGAGCCAACAAGGAGGAAAAUUUGGGUUUGUUCAAUAUUACUACUAGCAUUUUUGUUGUUAAUUAUAUUUACUCAUCGCUCUUGUCUUGUUCUUAAUGGUGGUUCUUUACAUGUUAAUGAGGUUUAAUUGAGUGGGAAACAGAGAGAGAUAAGAGAUAUUCUCUGUGAAGUUAAGAAGAGCAAUAAGAAUUUCACUUAUCUA